CACAAGUGGGCAACAGCAUGGCUUUUCUCCGUCCAGUUUUUCUACGUUUUUCUGCCACAUCGUUAUGUUUUCGUUCAUCUGCAUUAUUUUCAUCUGCCAGCAAUUUAGAUGAUGAACCAAGAGAGUCUUUCACGACGUCUAUUCCUGUAGACAAACUGACAGUCUCUUUCUCAAGGAGUGGAGGACCAGGAGGACAAAAUGUCAACAAGGUGAACACGAAGGUAGAGCUGAGAUUUCAUGUGCCAUCUGCUGAUUGGUUACCAGGAUGGGUGAAACAGAAACUCAUAAAUCUAGAAAAGAACAGAAUAUCAAAGCUUGGUGAGCUGGUAGUCACUUCGUCUGUCUACAGGACACAACAUCAAAAUCUAAAUGAUGCUCUUAGUCGAUUACAGACAAUGGUGAAUGAAGCUGGAUCGCUUCCGAAUCAACCUUCAGCCGCCACAGUUGCCAAAAUUAAAUAUUUGCAAAGAAGAGCUGCAGAUAUGAGACUGAAAGCAAAGAAAUAUCAGUCACAAAAGAAGAAUGACAGGAAACAUUCUAAUUGAAAUUUUCAGAAUGAAUAUAUUCUCUGCUAUAAAUUCAAUGACUAACAUUUGUACAAAAAC